UUUGACCUAUGAACAGUGUCAAUAAACCAUACGAUCAUUAUCACUAUCUCUCAAGUAAUCACUUAUCGUGAAAUAUGGCAGCUUAUGAUUGGAAAAUUAUUCUUUUAAUUCCAUCAAUAUAUUUCAAUUUGCCGCCACUGGUUGGCUUUACUCCAUUGGCAUCCCUGCAGUAAAAAGCACAUCGAUCUUACCGACGGAUUAUUAUCCUACUGAGGUUAUAUCGAAGAGUAAAUAUUCGUAAUGUGUAAAUCUAUGCUAGUAAAUAAAAAUAGAGCCUGAAAAUUUAUGAAUGUUGUCACUGCGUGGACACUCGAUAAUUAGAAGUGUCAUCACUGAAUGUGUAGUACGUGUUAGAGAAAUGUCUAAGAAAUCUUCAAGGAAAACGACAAAAGCCCUACCCGCUGAAGAAAACACGGCCUCCCAAGGUGGACCAGUUACCACGGAUAAGGGUGGAAAUGUUGUUAUUCAAAUUCAUGCUAAGCCAGGCGCCAAACAUAACAAGAUAACAGGUGUUGGGGUUGCCAUAUCAGCCCCUCCGGUAGAGGGUGAGGCAAACACAGAAUUACUGAAAUACCUCUCCUCAGUUCUCGGCGUAAGGAAAUCAGACGUCAGUCUAGACCGGGGAUCGAGAAGCCGUCAAAAAAAGGUCAUCGUAACCGGUUGUAUUGCGUCGGCAGUCCUCGAGAAAUUGAAAGCAGAAAUCAACUCCAAUUCCUAAACGUGUUUUACGAUUAAGAAACAAUUUUUUAUUCCAUAAUUAGCAAUAUAAGUAAAUAAAUUUUUGAUAGUUCCUA